AUCACUCUGACUGAGUUGAACAGAGCCCUUUUCGAUCGCAUCGACAAGUUGUGGAAGGAGGCGCAGCGCCUACUUAAACCAUCGGGCAACAGUCAGGAGUAUCCCGCUCCCAGCUGCAAAGACAUCAAAUUGAACAACAAAUUUGCUCGUAAUGACACUUAUUGGAUCGAUCCCAACGGUGGCUCACCUUCAGACGCCGUUAGGGCUGAAUGCAUCUUCCAUGACGAUGGUUCAGUUGAAACAUGCCUCUCUACUGGUGUUGCAUCAGAGAAUCUGGCGACCUACAAGCAACCACGUUCCAGCGAUCCCGACUACUGGCAAAGUCACCUACUUGUUGAAAACGCUGUUAGUCCACCGGAUCUCCACGACCAAAGCCCACACACUCAAAUGAACUUGUUGCGUAGCCAACACCGCUUCGCCACACAAGAACUCGAAUUUUUCUGUGAGGGCACCACCAUCUUUGGCGGCGAUAUGAAUUGGGAGACCGGUGUGGUCGACACGUCCAAGGCCACAUCAUUGCUGGCUCACAAUGGUCGAGUUAUUGACCUGACCAAGGGCAUACGCCACGGUCCUAGUGCAAAUUAUGUGGAAAAGAUCGAUUUCGAAAGCCCUAUCCGUAAACACGAUGUUAGCAUUGCUGUUGAGUACGAUGGCUGUAGGCAUCGUCAACCUGGAACCUCCACCAAAAUGCGCAUUGAGACCCGGGAUACUCAACUGCUUCCAAUCAUAGAUUUCACCGUAAAGGACUUUGACCAUACAGGUAGAAGCACCCUGAGUCUAGCGGUCAAGGCCGUCUGUUUCAAGAACUAA